AUCGGCCUGUGUCUCGCCGUCGGCAGCCCGGCGCUCAUCACGUACUCGCUGGCACUGACGCUCUUCAACCGCAGCUGGGCCGUCAAGCAGGUCCAGCGCCUGCUGGAUCGGUCUGUCCGCCGGCGCCAGCAUCUGCCCGCCGCCCUGGCGCACACGGCCGCCGAGUUCGAGCAGUUUGAGGUGCGCUUGCAGUCGUUUCUCUCCCUCGCCGUCGAGGGGCAGCAGGUGCCGCUCCGGGCCUCGGUCGUCCGCCACUGGCUCAGCAGCCUCAUCGUCUCGCCCGCGAAUACGGCCUGGUGGGCGACCGUCCGGGAGCGCGUCAGACUCAGCCGCCGGAGACCGACCCUGUCGCUGCACGCGCAGAUCAGCUUGGCAGGCAUUGUGUGGGUGUUCACCAUCUUCACCGGCGUGUCGGCCGCAGUCGGCGCCAUCAACACGGCAAUCGAAAUCGCAACAUCCACAUUGUGGGUGUGGCUGGUAAGCGAUGCAUUCCUGGGGUUGGACGUCCCGCACCGGUGUUUCUCUGCUGACUCCGUUACGGAAACGGGGCCCCAAGAGGCAAUCUUUGUCGAGUCAGGCCUGACGCGAGAGCCCGCGGCAGCAGUGACGCAGCACGGCCAACUGCAUCCGGCAAGCAACCACCUACUCGAGCCCCCAAAGACCCUGGGCAUGGACACCCGCGGCGACGAGGCCAAGGAAGGGCCGGUCUACACAUACGCCCGCGUCUUCACCUGGUGGGCCUUCACUCGAAGAAUCCUUGACGCCUUCGAGACCACUCUCGACAAGAUGGUAGAGAACAGGCAAUGCCGCGAGAUGCCGAACCCUGUGGCCAUAGAACAACAACAACCACCACCAGCGAACCCACCCCAGCCGAAUAACAACAACAACAACAACAAACCCCCGCCAACGCCACCGCGAAUGCUCGGUUUCCCACAGGCGGGCGACCCGGCGCCGGUGCGCGCAUACAGCCGCCUGCGCGACGUAGAGACGGCCGUCUGGGCGCGCAUGCGCGACGCGCUGGCCGUCGCGCUGUUCGCACAGUGGGGCACGACCGGCGCGGCCGUCGUCAUCGCCUACAACACGCCCAUGGUCGGCUGGGGCUGCCGCUCGGGGUCCUACCUGCUGUACGGCCUGCUCGGCACCGCCGCGCUCGCCUGCCUGCUGCGCUCCGCCCUGCUGUCCCACCUCGCCAUGCGCAUGUACCAGCAGGCCUAUGUGGCCGGCUGGAUGCACUGGGGGCUGUGCGCGCUGGCUAACUUGACUAGGUUGGUCGGCAAGUUCAUUGCUGUUGCCAACGCGGUAAUCUUGGUGCUUAUUGGCGUGUUUGAGUUUGUGGGGUUGUUCGAUAACUGCUGGUGCAAGGCCUGUUAUCUGCAAUACGGUGACUCCGGGUACGCCGUGCUGUUUCGGUCCGAUGCCGACUACAGGAAGCUGGCGCAGGGCGCGUGGGUGGGCGGCAUCAUCAUGGCCACGGUGGUGUCGAUUAUGCUGUGCUGCUUGUUCUACUUCCCUUCGAGGAGCAAGCUGAGGUAA